CCUCCUUCGUCAAAAGAAUUUGAAUUUCUGAGAAGGGGUCACAAACUCCACGCCAUUGCGACGAAUCUCCCGGCCAUCUGCUCGACGAAAUGCGUCGGGCAACCACCAAGCACGCGGGGCCGCGGGGCCGCGCCGGCCAGGCGUCCCGGUCCGGCGUCGGGGCGUCCGCCGACCCCGACCGCCUCAGCGCGCUCCCGGACGCGCUCCUGCACCACAUCAUGUCGUCCCUGAAGGCGUGGGAGGUGGUGCGCACCUGCGUGCUCGCGCGGCGUUGGCGGCACCCCUGGGCGUCCGCGCCCUGCGUCGACCUCCGCGCGCGCUACUCCGGCCGCGGGAACGACCCGCCGGAGUUGUUCCGCGAGUUCGUGCACCGCCUCUUCCUCUUCCGCGACGCGUCGGCGCCGGUGGACAAGCUGAUCCUGCGGUCGAGCGACGAGGACGCGGACUUCGACGAGGACGAUGCCAACACGUGGAUCGGCGCUGCCAUCAAGCGCAAUGCGCGGGUUAUCCAUCUCGCUGGACAUCGCACGGAGAUCGCGUCGUUGGAUUGUGUGCCCUUCGUGUCUAGCCACCUCAAGAUCGUAAAGUUGUCGUAUGCCAGUCUGGAUGCCAGGAUCCUGCGGCAGCUUUCUUCUAGCCGCACAUCUUUGGAAGAACUGGAUCGCAAGGAUUGCCUGGUGGCGGGCCCUAAAAUUGAGUCUGCCUCUUUGAAGACUUUAAUCAUGAUCAAAUGCAAGAUCAACUGUGACUUAUCCAUUGCUGCUCCGAACCUCAUACUUCUGCGAAUCAUUAGACCUUACGUCCGAGUUCCAUCAUUCAAGAACUUGGGGUCACUUGUCACUGGCACCAUCAUACUUGAUGACUCUUUCUUGAGUAAGGAUUAUGAACACAUCAGUGAUGAAGAAGAUUAUGAUGCAACUACUGAUGACGAUGAUGAUGGUAACGAUCAUGACGAUUAUAAGGUUCAUGGCGGCUCUUCCUUGAGUGAUGAUGAUUUUGGAUACAUAAGUGAUGAUGAUGAUGAUGAUUUUGAUAACUUUGGAUAUGGACACGACUUCCCUAUACAUGGGUAUGAGCGUAGUGGGUACAAGGAUUCUUAUGAUUAUGGUAGUGAUAUCGAUAGUGAUGACAACACCUAUGAAUACAGUGAGAUUGCAAAUGAUCCAAAGUAUGGCUACAAAGGCGAAGGACAGAAUUUCAGUAAAGAUGGUAAAGUUGGUAAAAGCAGUGGAUGCAACGGUAGGAAGAUUUUGGGUGGACGUCAUAUUUUACACAGCCUUUCAAGUGCUAUAAGUAUGGAGUUCUUAACUGAUGCUGGAGAGGUGGUAUUGAGCAGGGAACUGAAAAGUUGUCCAACUUUUAGCAACCUGAAGACCCUGUCCCUUGGUGAAUGGUGUAUGACUGCUGAUUUUGAUGCAUUGAUUUUCUUGCUCCAAAAUUCACCUAAUCUAGAGAGGCUUUUUCUCCAACUUAAAAUGGACUUCAACAUGGUGAAGAUGUUGGAAACAGGUAUCAAACUACAGGGGAGACCAUUUACUUGCAAAAACCUUCAAAUGGUGAAGAUCAGAUGCUCAAAGGAUGACGCGAGAGUCCAUAAGUUGGCACAUUUGUUCAGGGCAAAUGGUUUACCCCUUGGCAAGAUUUAUGUCCGUCGGUCUGGGAAUGCUCAUCUCCGUAGCCAGAAGGAGUUGAGAGAGAUCGUGAAGGGUGAAAUGGAGUUCUUUGGGAUGUAGGAUCCAGUUUUCUUCCUUUGAUUUGCUGCUAGCAAUUAAAUCCUGCGUGAUGUUACAGAUAGCAAGUAUCUAGUAAAAGACCAUGAUCUCCACGAAGUACUGAUUGUGCUUUCAAAGCCACGAAGUAUCUUUUGAUGCCUUUUUUCUUAGGGUGACAUGGAUGAUGGAAUUAUGUAUGGCUAUGAAAUCGUUGGAAUGUUCUUCCUAGUGGAAUUGAGUUGAGACUUAAA